UGCUGGCCGUAAAUGGUCCUUUCUUUCGGCCUGAUUGGGCUGGACCACUACUCCACUCCCCUUAUUGCUCCUUCAUUGGCCCAACCCAACAUCAAUCUGUUGAUUUCCAGAUCCCCCCCUCAAGUUUGAAACUUUUUUUUUUUACGAGUAGAAGUAGGAGGAGGAGGAAUCGGGUUUCAACAAACUCUUGUAACCGAUCCCACAACAGCCGAGGGAAGAAAACACUCUUUCAAUAAUUGAACAUCUGUGCCUGAUACGCGGGUACAGAACAGAAGGCAGCAGUGAGGGGAGGACGUGUUUGUGUCCUUAUCGAGAUCCAACAACCAGAAACAUGCUGUGAAGCAACUUUUCCCUGCCCUGCCAGGAUGAAGACCUGAGAGAUUUUGCUCAGAUUACCUAGUCCUGUUUUUGGCUGACAACUCCUGCUGUGUCCCACUGAGCUGAGAGAAAGACUGGACCAUGGACUCCUUCAGCACCAAGAGCUUAGCCCUGCAGGCGCAGAAGAAGUUGAUGAGCAAGAUGGCCACUAAAAGCAUGGCCAACCUCUUCAUCGACGACACCAGCAGCGAGGUGCUGGACGAGCUGUACCGUGUCACCAAGGAGUACACCCGCAACCGCAAAGAGUCGCAGAAGAUCAUCAAGAACCUGAUCAAGAUGGUGGUGAAACUGGGUGUGCUCUACAGAAACAACCAGUUCAACGGCGAGGAGCUGAUCCUGGUCGAGAACUUCAGGAAGAAAGUUCACACUCUGGCCAUGACGGCGGUCAGUUUCCACCAGAUCGAGUUCACCUUUGACCGCCGCGUCAUGAGCGCCAUUUUGAAUGAUUGCCGUGAACUGCUGCACCAGGCCAUCAAACGCCACCUGACAGCCAAGAGCCACGCACGAGUCAACCAUGUGUUCAAUCACUUCGCUGACUGUGACUUCCUGGCGGCUCUGUACGGGCCCUCGGAGGUUUACCGCGCUCACCUGCAGAGGAUUUGUAAUGGGGUCAACAAGAUGCUCGACGAGGGGAACCUCUGACCCCCGGCGACCUCUUCUUCGAACGCCUUUACCUCUAAUCACCCCCCUCAUGAACCAUCGGGCAGGGUUUCUCUUUUUUAUAAGGUGACAAUAAUGGACAUUUGACACAUUUGUCGUUUUGUGUUUUUGUGUGUUCUUUUUCAGCCAUAACUGUAACACUGUGACUCUCUUUACUUUGUCCAAAGUCAGUUUGUGUUGUUAAUCCACGGCAGAUGUUUCAUUUUGAAUGAAUGUAAAACUUUAAGCUCUUAUCAGUAUAUUCAGGAGUAGGAGCCUUGACAACUGUGCCUUAGAAAAACAUAUUUUUAUCUUCAUUCCAAGGGCACAAAGCUUGCUCUCUUACUCAAUCAAAAAGACAUGAAUCCAGGCACAGGCCUUCAGUUUUAUCUCUGUAAGGUGCUUUUAAUGGUUUUUCGAGCAACAGACAAGAAACUAAAUUUCUGUCUUAUACAAACACCCAAGGACAUAUAGACGUUCUUUUUUUCUUCUUGAUUCUUUUUCUAUAAGUAGUAUUGCACUUAAGUCUGAACAAGCGCUGUACUGUACUUCCCUGCAUACAUGGCAUCAUGUGAACAGUAAAAUAAUCCUGCUUAGCCUGCAUUUUACAGCUCUCCCCAUCAUGCACUGAAGUCCACUUUGUAGAGAGGCCAGGCUUAUGUUUAGAAGGCACCUAUAAACCUAUUUUCCUUAUAAUAGACUGGUUUAUAGCUGCCACAUCAAGUAUUUGGGUCAGAGAAGGCCCAUAAACAUGAAGGAAUUUCAUUGUGGAUUGUUGACUCGAAUGUCUCGCUCGCUCUAUGCUUAUCUCCUCGGACAAACUUUAUUUUGAGUCUAUAAAUGAAUCACAGCGGGGAAGUAGCACGAUAUGACAGCAGGUGCAAAGGUUGCCUUGUUGUCAUAUAGUUUGAGGGGAAUAAAGCGCGCGUACAGUUGAAACCCUCAUCGUGAUAGAUGUUUGCGCCUGGGGUCAGCUGUGCUUCAGGUUUAUCAGCAUUGCCACGGGUUGACUCAUAAAAGCACAAAAGCUGUGGUUCACAUUCUGACAGAUCUGGACUCAAAAGACUCCCCGUGAGCGGUCGGAUGAAUGGCUGGACCAAAACUGCAGCUCUGUUUCUAUGAAGAGGACCAGGCAGGAUAUAUAGAGAUUAGAGCGGAGACAAACACAGUACCUGAUUGUACUCUCCCUCUGCAAUUAUAGCUCCACACUCCAGGGUGGUAUAAUGGCCUGAAGCCUGCCACUGUCGAGCAGCCUCUCCAUUUCACCACACAGCAGCCUCAUGUAAUGUGAUGGAGAUUACCAUCACUGUUUGUGAGAUGCAAGUACUUUUAAUGGAGUGAAAGAUGUUGUCGUGUUUCUUCCUUAUAAAAGAGCAUAUGAAUAGUUACUACUAUCCCUCUCCAACCUCACAUAUAAUAGCUGUCUUUCUUUUUUGUCUAUGUGUUUUUGUAUCACCGAGCCUGUCUGGGAGAUUGUUUUGUGCUGCGGCCUCAUUUCGUAUUCUGUGUGUGUGUGUGUGUGUGCGCGCUUGUGUGUGUGUGUGUGUGUGUGUUUGUGUGCGUACCUGUGAGAGAAUUGGAAAUUGAGCCGUGUAAUAAGCGCUGUGCUUUUCCAGAUAGGAUUGCUGAAACUUUAACUCCAUCCACAGCAGCUCUGCCAAAGAAAAGACGACUGAUGUCACUUAAAAUGCAGUCUCUUUACAGGGGAACAUAAAAGAAAAAACAUUAUGCACUUGAUAAUUAUGACUCUGCUUAUGGUGAUAAUGAAGACAACGGUGUGGUGGCUGUUUUUUUUUUUUUUUUUACUUCACCUUUAAAAUUCUUCGAUUACUACCCGGAGUGUAUUCUCAUUUGUUGGACCCAUUUGACUCUGACUGCACCAUUUUGGCAGGCUUUGAAGUAAAUCCUUUUUCCUAAUUCCAAAAAACAGUUGACUUUAAUUGUCUUUGGAUGUCAUUUUCUCCAAUCCCUCCACAUCUCAGGGUUAGUUUAAAUCUCUCCUGCUUUAAAAUGCAUGAAACACUUUGCAGACAUUACCACAAACCUCUACAACAGCCCCACUUGUUUUACUGAAGUCCUUUAAAUGAAGAAUCUACGUAUCUUAUUGCCUUUUCACUUUUGGGAAUUGACAACUGUUUUUAUUUUCACUCAUGUACAUAUUAUUUGUUUUGUGUCUCCAUAUUGUAUCCAGGCACAACAAAUAUAAUAAAAAUAUACUUUUUUAAAUGAAUAAA